AUGUCGAAGCUGCUGCUGCUGCUGCUGUGGACGUGGACGAGCUUGGCGCUGGUGAGGGUCCCUCUGAAGCGGAUGCGCUCGAUUCGUUCACAGCUGCGAGCCGACGGCGUGCUGGAGGAGUUCCUGAAGGAUCACCGGCCCGAGAUGUUCAACCGGCGCUACGCUCAGUGCUUCCCGCUCGGCACGCCGUCGCUGAGGCUCGGACGCUCCAGCGAGAAGAUUUACAACUUCAUGGACGCUCAGUAUUACGGUGAAAUCUCUUUGGGGUCACCGGCACAGAACUUCUCUGUGGUUUUCGACACCGGCUCAUCCGACCUGUGGGUGCCGUCGACCUACUGCGUCAGCCAAGCCUGUGCGUCACACAGGCGUUUCAAGGCGUUUCAGUCCACUUCGUUCCAUCAUGACGGUCGGACGUUUGGGAUCCACUACGGAUCGGGACACCUGCUGGGGGUCAUGGCCAGAGAGACACUGAAGAUCGGGAGUCUGACCACUCUGAACCAGGAGUUCGGGGAGUCGGUCUACGAGCCCGGUUCCGCGUUUGUAAACUCGAAGUUUGAUGGCGUUCUGGGCAUGGCUUACCCGGCCCUGACAGAGAUCCUUGGAAACCCCGUUUUCGACAACAUGAUGGUGCAGAACGUGGUGGAGGAGCAGAUCUUCUCCUUCUUUCUCAGCAGGAGAACAAGCAGCGGCACCCCAGAAGGCGAACUGUUGCUAGGCGGAAAAGACGAGGAGUUGUACAGCAGACCAAUCAACUGGCUUCCUGUGACUGCUAAGGGCUACUGGCAGAUUAAGAUGGAAAGUGUCGUGGUGCAGGGUGCCAUGACCCUUUGUCCUCGUGGUUGCCAGGCGAUUGUCGAUACUGGAACCUCCCUCAUCGCCGGACCAACCGCUGACAUCAUCAACCUUCACCAGCUGAUCGGAGCCACGCCCACAAACAUAGGAGAGUUCCUCAUCAACUGCGCCAGGAUGUCCAGUUUGCCUCAUGUGACGUUCGUCCUCGGAGGAACAGAAUACACUCUGACGGCCGAGCGAUACGUCAGGAAGGAGAUGCUUGGUGACAGGGAGUUCUGUCUCAGUGGUUUCCAGGCAGUGGACAUUGUGUCCCCCGAAGGGCCCAUGUGGAUUCUGGGAGAUGUAUUUCUGACAGAGUUCUACAGCAUCUUCGACAGAGGACAGGACCGAGUGGGCUUUGCCUUCGCGAAACACCCGACCUAACUCAUCGGUUAUCGGUUAAUAGCUGACAACUGUAUCAUCAAUGAUAAAACUAUACAAUUCUUGCAAAGCUCUGGGAUUCAUAUUACCAUGUGACUGUGACUGGCCCUCAUUUGUUCACCGAGCUCACCGAUUGGGAGUCGUCGUUUUUGCUCGGUUCACCGUUUUUGGUUCCUUC